GAGCUAGUGGCGAGUGGAUCUGAGGAUGCGCAGGUCUACAUAUGGCAUCGACACUAUGGAUCGCUGCUGCAGGUCCUGCCAGGGCACACUGCAACGGUGAACUCAGUGUGUUGGAUGCAGGGAUCUUCCCCUGCCGGUGAGCCCAGCGGCUGGCUGGUGUCGGCCUCCGAUGACUGUACUCUCAGGGUUUGGGGAACGGAAGCUGCAGAGAUGGAUGAAGCCGAGUCUGCAGAGGAGGAACCCGCGGCCGCUGUAUCUGGAGCAGAAGACGUUGAUCAGAGGCAUGGGGCAGAAGACCCCGAACGCCCAGGCUUUGCAGCUUCUUUCCAUUUAGAAGCACUGGAGGGCAGCGAUGUCUCCAGUUGA